UCACACAUUGGUUUAAGAGCCGUCAGUUGAAUAACAUGUUGCAGUUACUAGUAGCGGCGCUCUUGGUGUCAGCUGCGGUGGCAGAAGGGGCCGAACCCGCGGAAGCGGCGGCAAAAUCGGUGCCGCUGGAGGCAAAACCGUCUGAGGAUGCCGAGCAGACUGUGAUGAAAGACGCGGAGUCUAUCCAUCGUAACCGUCAAUACCUCGACGACUAUGACCAUCACGACCAUAACAACCUUCUCUAUCUCAAGGCUAAGCUUGACGGGCCUGAAAGCCAUCGUGAAGGCCCUAUCAUAGCUCGUAAUCUUCCCCUUUCACACGAAAAGGGACACGCUAACAUUGCUGAGCAAGAUGAGAUCAUCAAGUUCACAUACAGCCCUGCGUAUUACGAACCUAUUUGGGUUCUGGACUACAGAUUCCUAAAGUCAGGUGGCAGGAGGUACACGCGUGGACCCGGAGGACAGGUCCUUAUUCUUCCGAGGAGUUACAAGCAUUACAAGGGGGACGGCACCGGUGACUAUGACCAACUGGUAGAGUUCUGGCGCUUGAAGUUGAUUGCCGAACAAAACAAGAGGAUGCGAGAGAACGGGUUGGGUUUACAUGGACAUGGACAUGGACACCACGGAGGUUGGGACCAUGGCCAUCACGCAUGGGCACAUCCUAAUUACAACUUCGCGUACUCCGUCUCGGACCCGCACACCGGCGACCACAAGUCUCAGCAUGAAGUCCGGCACGGGGACCACGUGAAGGGCUCCUACUCGCUGGUGGAGCCCGACGGCAACCUGCGCUCCGUGCACUACUCUGCUGACGACCACCGCGGAUUCAAUGCCCAUGUUCAUCACACGACGGCCCAUCAUCAUUUGCAUCAUUUGCAUCAUCAUCAUUAGACUCAACAACCUACCGAAACUGAUCUCGACCAGACCUUUGGCUAUUAUUUAUUCUUGUGAGGAUGGCACCUCUCUUGAUGCCACAACUACUACAAAUCGUGAAACUGUCUCUGCAUUUUCCCUCACAUUUGGAACGCCAGCGCUGACGAUUAAAAUC